AUGUCACUCGCCGACAAUGAGAAGCAGCACUAUGCUGUUGGUGGUGAGUCUCCCUCCGACCAUGGCACUGGACACGUCGGUGAGAUAAAGGACAACGCCCUCGCUGAGGCGGCUGGUCUCUAUGGAUCGGUCCAACAAGCAGAGGAUUAUGGAUAUGUCCAGCGUGGCCUCAAGUCUCGUCACAUCCAAUUCAUCGCUUUGGGUGGUACCAUUGGUACUGGUCUGUUCCUUGGUAUUGGUGGUGCAUUCGCUCGCGCCGGUCCUGUCUCUGUCCUCAUCGGUUACACUCUCACCGGUCUUGUUGUCUACGGCAUGAUGCAGUGUCUCGGCGAGAUGGCUACAUGGCUUCCUCUUCCCGGUGCUAUUCCUCAGUAUGCUGCUCGUUAUGCGGAUCCUGCUCUUGGCUUUGCCGUUGGUUGGAACAACUGGUACAACAGUUCCAUUACUCUAUGUGCCGAAAUCUCUGCCGCAGCUCUUCUCAUCAACUUUUGGGAUCAGGAAGAAAAAUACAGUCCAGCCAUAUGGAUCACUAUCAUCAUUGUCAUCAUCGUACUGCUGAACAUCUUCGCUGUCUCGAUAUACGGGGAAGCUGAGUUCAUAUUCGCUUCGAUUAAGAUCAUUACCAUCCUCGGACUCCUUAUUGCUGGUCUCGUCAUCAUGCUCGGUGGUGCCCCUGACCAUGACCGGAGAGGAUUCAGAUACUGGAAGGAAGGCGCCAUGAAGGAAUAUGUCGGCAAAGGUGACACGGGACGUUUUACUGGUCUCUGGUCCACACUCGUCAACGCGGCAUUCUCGUAUGGUGGUGUGGAGAUGGUUGCCGUUGCCGCUGGCGAGGCUGCUAACCCGCGCAAGAACAUCCCCAAGGCCGUUCGUCGUGUCUUUUGGCGUAUCCUGUUCUUCUACGUCCUUGGAAGUUUCAUCAUCGGAACGACCAUCAGCUCAAACGACCCCCAGCUCACUAACGAGAACGCCAAAGGUGCUCAGUCUUCGCCAUGGGUCAUCGCGAUGAAAAACGCCGGUAUCCCAGUUCUACCCCAUAUUGUCAAUGCUGUCAUCUUGACUUCUGCAACCUCAUCUGGCAAUGCCUUCCUGUACACCGGCUCCAGAUACCUAUUCAGUAUCGCUCAGAACAAGCAGGCGCCUCAGUUCCUUCUCAAGUGCAACAAGAGCGGUGUGCCAGUCUACUGCGUCGCCAUUACGGCCUCCAUCUCUUUGCUUACGUACAUGAGUGUAAGUGCUGGCGCCAACAAGGUAUUCACGUGGUUCCAGAACUUGACCACGAUUGCCUCGCUCUUCACAUGGUGCUCAAUUUGCUACACCUUCACCUGUUUCCACAAGGCCUGUCUUGCCCAGAAUGUCGACCGCAACACGAUGGUCUUCAAGAGCAAGUGGCAGCCUUACCUCGCCUGGGUGGCUUUUACCUACUUUGCGCUCAUCAUCCUCUUCAACGGUUUCAAGGUCUUCACUGAAACCCCAUGGGGACCUGACCAGCUUACCGACUUCUUCACUGCGUACGUUGGCAUUAUGAUCUUCUUUCUCCUCUUCGUAUUCUGGAAGGUAUUCAAGCGCACCAAGAUGGUGAAGCCAGAGGAGGCAGACAUCUGGAGUGGCAAGGCCGCGCUUGACGCAGAAGUAUGGCCUGAGCAGAUACCCCGCAAUGCUCUUGAGAGGUUUUGGUACUGGCUUUGUUAG